GGGCCUGCAGCGCGCGGGAAGCGGCGCGCGCGCGGCUGGGGGUGACGGCGCCGCAGACUGACCGCGUUCCCUCAGCAUUUUGCAGCUUUCCUCUGUCUUUGGAAAAAGAACGCUGCCUGAGGAAAUUUUUGGCCUCCCCUAGACUCAGGAGCAUGAAAGUCAUCACGUGCGAAAUAGCCUGGCACAACAAGGAGCCGGUGUACAGCCUGGACUUCCAGCAUGGGACCGCCGGCAGGAUCCACAGACUGGCGUCUGCAGGCGUGGACACCGCUGUCAGGAUCUGGAAGGUAGAAAAAGGACCAGAUGGAAAAGCCAUAGUGGAAUUUUUGUCCAAUCUUGUUCGUCAUACUAAAGCCGUCAAUGUCGUGCGUUUUUCUCCAACUGGGGACAUUUUAGCAUCAGGAGGAGAUGAUGCUGUCAUCCUAUUGUGGAAGGUGAAUGACAACAAGGAACCAGAGCAGAUUGCCUUUCAGGAUGAAGACGAGGCUCAGAUGAACAAGGAGAAUUGGGCUGUUGUAAAAACUCUGAGGGGCCACUUAGAAGAUGUGUAUGAUAUUUGCUGGGCAACUGAUGGGAAUUUAAUGGCUUCUGCCUCUGUGGAUAACACAGCCAUCAUAUGGGAUGUCAGUAAAGGACAAAAGAUAUCAAUUUUUAAUGAACAUAAAAGUUAUGUACAAGGAGUAACCUGGGAUCCUUUGGGUCAAUAUAUUGCUACUCUGAGCUGUGACAGGGUGCUGCGAGUGUACAGCACGCAGAAGAAACGUGUGGCUUUUAAUGUUUCAAAGAUGCUGUCUGGAAUAGGGGCUGAAGGAGAGGCAAGAAGUUACCGUAUGUUUCAUGAUGACAGCAUGAAGUCAUUCUUUCGUAGACUCAGUUUUACUCCGGAUGGGUCUUUGCUUCUCACACCAGCUGGAUGUGUGGAAUCUGGUGAAAAUGUAAUGAAUACAACUUACGUUUUCUCCAGGAAAAAUCUUAAAAGGCCUAUUGCUCACCUUCCGUGUCCUGGAAAAGCAACGCUGGCUGUCCGCUGCUGCCCGGUCUACUUUGAAUUGAGGCCGGUGGUGGAAGCAGACAAAUCAUCUCAGGAGCCAGGUCUGGAGCUGAUGCGUCUGCCCUACCGCCUGGUGUUCGCUGUGGCGUCAGAGGACUCCGUGCUCUUUUAUGACACCCAGCAGCCCUUCCCUUUCGGUUAUGUGUCUAACAUACAUUACCACACCCUGAGUGAUGUCUCGUGGUCCAGCGAUGGGGCCUUCCUGGCCAUUUCUUCCACGGAUGGUUAUUGUUCAUUUGUAACAUUUGAGAAGGACGAACUUGGAAUUCCUUUGAAAGAGAAGCCAGUUUUGAGCAUGGGAACUCCUGAUACAGCAAAGAAAACUAAGAGUCAGACGCACCAAGGGUCUUCACCAGGAUGCAGACCAGUAGAGGGAACCCCCACCAGCAGAAUCCAAGACCCCAGCAGCCCCUGUACGACGCCCCCUCAGGCCAGACAGUCUCCAGCCCCCACGGUGAUCAAGGACACUCCUUCGAUUACUCCUGGUGUCAAAAGCUCCUUGCCAGCACCUUCAGAGGAGAAGAACCUGCAGCCCAGUAGUCAAAACACAAAAGCCCACCCAUCCCGAAGGGUCACUCUGAACACAUUGCAAGCCUGGAGCAAGACAACACCCCGGAGGAUAAAUUUAAUGCCCUUAAAGACAGAUACUCCACCAAAUUCUGUACCAGCCAGUGAAAUUUCCACCCCUUCCACAGAAAAAAUUCAAUCAGAGAUGCCUGGAGACCCUCAGGGCAGUCCUCCAGAGCUGAAAAGGCCCAGACUCGAUGGAAGCAAAGGAAACAUCCAAAGUCUGGACUCUUGAUGGGAUCUCAGCUUCUGCUCGCCUGCCUGCAGGGUGCGGGAGCCCCGUGUGCACAGGGAAGGAGGCGGCAUCCAGAGAGCAGAACGGACGCUCGCAAAUUGAUUUCUGUAACAAAAGUUACAUGUGUACUGAUUUUUCUCCAGAAAUAUGGAUGCUGUUGUAUUUGGUAUCCACUUUUAACUUGGGGAUGUGAACAUUUUAACAGACUAAAUCCUCCUUUUGAUGAGUUUCUGAAACUGGAGCAGUUCCACAUUAUUUAGCAUGAAAAUCAGUAAGCCCUCCCUUGAAUACUCAUAAAAGUACAGACACUUUCUGGGCAACUCCUUUUAUAGUUAGAGUUAGAAAGAGGAGAAAGUAAUUUGAGAAGAUUUAUUCUGUUGAAUUUUAGAGUGUUUGAAAUGAUUAUUAGAUUUAGCUUCUCAUUAGUUGAUUAAUUAAACUUUGGAAGGUUGUUGUAUUUAUUUUCUAAUUUUAAAGGUAAUAACUCAUUCUGGAAAGUUAGUAAAUUACAGUGAAGUUAAAAAAAAGUGGGGCUGGAGGUGGGAAUCACUGUAAUCUUAGCACCAGAAGUAACCCUUGUUGUAAUAUAUUUCCUUCUUAGCAUUUUUAUGGAUUUUUUUUUUUUAAGACAGAAUUGAGAUUUUACUUCAGAUACAAUUUGGUAUAUAAUAGGUUAACUUAGUUUGGUUUUUCAAACAAAAAAGUAUCUUAGCAAUUUAUGUCUACUUUUGCUUUCUCCCCGCCUGGGGGUGAUCAUAUGUUCUUUUUACCUAUUAGGAGUGAGCAUGAGAGCUGUGGUUGAAGGAGGCAGUCACACAUGUCUGGGGGCUUCUCUGAGCUCAGGGGCUGGUGGGUGGUGUGAUCCAGGGCUUAGUAGCCCUGUGGCAGCUGGGAUGAAGCCCCGUUUAGAAGCUGGUGCUGCAGCCUCCCUUCGGGAGAGCUGUUACAGUUGAAUUUCAUAAUGCUUGAUGCUGACACUUUGGCAUAUGAACAGAUGAGUCAUGCAAAUGAAGGCGGUAAACUCGGCUUUCUUCCCAGUCUGAAACAGAGUGAAGAGUGAAAGGGUUCAGGACUGACAAUUAAGUCUAACAGGAGUGGGGCUGAGGAGUGGAAGAAUGUACUCUCUUUAAACAGGUCAGCAGCAACAAAGAAGCAUUAAUUUUUUGCUUAAUCCACAACCUAGUAAACCAGAAAGAGUCUGCCUCCCUUUUCAAUGGGAAGGUGGUAAACUAGAGAUAAUUUAUAGUGUAGAAAACUGAAAGGUGAACACAUGUAUACUUGCAAUGCAGGUAUGGGUCCCAUUCACAAUGAAGAGUUUUUAAAUGUCAAAUGGUCUCUGUUUGACCAGUGGUUCUCAACUCUAGCUGCACUUUGAAAUCACCCUAAGAGCUGACACACAUACUGAAGCCUAGGUCCCCCUCCAGAGGAUCUGGCCUACCUGGUCCGGGGCAUUGUUCGAACAUUAGGAUUUUUAAAAGCUCCUCGAGUAGUUCUGGUGCACAGCCAAGAUAGAAAUAAUAAAAGAAAAAGCUUUUUCUGGAUAUGGUCUGUUCUGGAUAUGGUUAAAUGCAUUUCCACUGAAGGCUUUUUCUUGAUUCUCAGCCCCAGCACUGAUUGAUGUAAAAACCCCUCCUUUACCAGUGCUGCCAGAUGGAAGGACAGCAUGCAGGAGAUGCCAUUAGCUCUUGGGAAAAAAGAGUUCUAGAACAUCAUGCAGCUAGCUUGAGGUAUAGUUUGUAGUCACUGGUCCCUGUGCAGACAGAUGAGUGACCAUGGGUCCCCUGUCCUCAGUGUGGCCUGCUUCCUAGCCAGGCAUGGGGAGAACAGUGUUAGGUUUUACAAUUGUCUUUUUGUGCAUCAACGAAGGGAGUGAUGGGGUAGGAGAUGGGGUGCACCUGCAGCCUGAAGUGUGCCUUUGUCAGAAUGGCCAACUGCCUAUUCAUCAGCCAUCAUCCUUGAAUAGAAAUUACAAAAUGAGCAAUAAAAGACAAGGUUAUGUUA